UUGGCUUCAGUUAUGACACACGAGAAAGGUUGCUGUGAUUCCAUUUGUCAAUGUUUUUUCGAGUAUUUCACGCCGAAAGUAUUGGUGAUUCGGAGUAAGAAAGUGGGAACAAUCAAUCGCCUUACACAGGCCUUAGUAAUUGCAUAUGUGAUUGGAUAUGUGUGCGUCUUGAAGAAGGGUUAUCAGGACACCGACACGGUUCUCAGUUCUGUCACUGCCAAGGUGAAGGGGAUUGCUUUGACCAACACCUCUGACCUGGGACUGCGGAUCUGGGAUGCAGCUGAUUACGUUAUUCCUCCACAGGGGGAGAAUUCAUUUUUCGUGCUGACUAACCUGAUCGUCACUCUAAACCAAACACAGACAACCUGUGCAGAGAAACCAAGUCAAGCCUCCAUAUGUUCUUCAGAUAAAGACUGUAAGAAGGGCUUCAGGUAUACACAGGGAAACGGCGUGCAGACAGGUAGAUGUGUGAAUUUCUCAGAGUCUGUUAAGACAUGUGAGGUUCUGGCCUGGUGUCCUCUGGAGAAUGCGACUGAACCCCCUAAUCCUCCAAUGCUGGCAGAUGCGGAAAACUUUACAGUGUUGAUAAAGAACAGUGUAAGAUACCCCAAAUUUAACUUUAACAAGAGAAAUAUUCUGCCACACAUAAACAGCAGCUACUUGAGUCAAUGUGUGUUCAACCGCAAGACAGACCCCGACUGUCCAAUCUUUAGACUCAAGGACAUUGUUGAAGAGGCUCAAGAAGACUUUCAGACCAUGGCUGUGCAUGGAGGAGUUAUGGGAGUCCAUAUUCGGUGGGACUGUGACCUUGACAUGCCAAAAAGUUGGUGUGUGCCCAAGUACGCUUUUCGCCGACUAGACAAUAAGGAUCCAGACCACAAUGUUGCCCCAGGAUAUAACUUCAGAUUUGCCAAAUACUACAAAAAUGGGGACGGUGAGGAAACAAGAACUUUGAUUAAAGGAUACGGCAUUCGAUUUGAUGUGAUGGUGUUUGGUCAGGCAGGAAAAUUCAACAUUGUUCCAACACUUCUAAACGUAGGUGCUGGGUUGGCACUUCUUGGACUGGUCAGUGUUGUCUGUGAUUGGAUUGUCCUGACAUGUAUGACAAAAAGAAACCUCUACAAGGAACAGAAAUAUUCAUACGUUGAUGACUUUGGAUUGCUCUCUGAUGAUGGAAUCCCGUAAACAACAUGGCAGAACAGACCAGUAUCAGAUAAAAGGACUAUACCCUCAAAGUUGCACUAUAAACAAAAGCACUUUCGCUUUGCACAAUGUCUGUCAUAUUCUUAUUGUUUGCCUAGCUUUAUACUCAGUAUAUGAAGUCACAGUGAAAUCUUCAAGCCAGUUAAAUGUAUGCUCAGUAUAUGCAAUCACAGUGAAAUCAAGCCAGUUAAAUUUAUGCUCAGUAUGCAGUCACAGUGAAAUCUUUCAGCCAGUUAUAUUAAUGCUCGAUCAUUCAUCAUCUUAUUUUUUCCAUUUUGCUCACUAUUGUUGAUUAGAACAUGGAGUCACAUGUCUGGCAGCUCUAUCCGGAAUAAAUGUUAGCACUUUCCAAGGCAAGUUGUUCUAACUGUAUGAAACUGAACUUCAGACAAUAAAACACGUUUUUACAUUUUAUUACCACUUACCACUAAGAAAGUUGUUUAAAUAAUAUGUAGUUGAUCGUCUUUGUCACCGAAAAACAAUCUCACACACACGUUCACUGUGUUGUAUUUUUACGUACAGAAACU